AUGCCAUUUUUCUCCAAGGUCUUUAAGAGCAAGGAUGGCCAGGUCAAAAAGGCCGCAGCGCCUGUCGCAAAUGGAGACUCACACAAGAAGCCUCAGUGGUCGGACGCAUGGGCUCGCACGAGGGUCGAUCCCGACGAGGUGUCUGAACUGCUGCAUUUGUGCACGGCUGAGCUGAAGUCGAGAGCCCUCGACAUCCCCUUCUUACUACUACCAUUUCGUCCUUCGUCAGACCCUUCUGCCGCGAGAACCUUUGUUCGCAAUUUCUUUCUGCCGCCUCACGAUCGAGAACCUUUACGGGGUUCCUUUUUGGAAACGGAGCUUCGUAUGACGGAGGUCAUGGUCCUGAUAAGCGUUCUGAAAUGGUGCUGGGCCCGCCUGCCAGGGGGCGUUGUGACAUGGGAGGUGUAUGAGGCGUUCAGAGUUGGAGAAAAGGAUUCAGACUCCGGCUUUGCGCGCGAUGCGUUCACUACCUUUAUUCCAAUUGGCGUUGACUCGCCUGCUCGCCUUAAAAUCAUUCAAGACUUUUUCGACCUCCUUGCCUCACUCGCGGCACAUGGCAAGGCUAAUGGACUGGGGGGUCAUAAAGUUUCGAGAUAUGCUGGGUGGUGGGCGUUCGAGCACUACGAUGCCGGAAAAGGGUUUGAGUCUGGAUACCAAUCUUGGUCGACUGCUGCUGAUGCAACCGCUCAUCUCUUCUUCGCUUACCUACGAUCCAUGUCCCCAGGCGCGGGCAAAGCGAGCGGAAUCCUGAGCCUUCCGAGGUCAUUGCAGCAGCUUCUUGACUCGACUGCUUACCCUCCAAAGCAUGCUCUGUUGUCGAACGACACCACAAAGGUCGUCAUGAUCGUCGAUGUGGUGUCGCCAACUCCAUACGCCCUAUUGCGACGCGCCAGGAACUUUGAAUAUCGAGACGAUGAUCGAGGGCUACAACAAUUUGCCAGUUAUGACGACCCUGUGCAAGCACUUACCGACGAAUGUCGUCGCGUUCUCAAAGCGAUCUCUUCUGCGAACCAAUCCCAGGUCUCAAAUGCCAAAACAUCCACCAGCCUGACAGAUCCGUCGUGGUCACGAUUUGAAGACAUCGGAUUUGGCAGCUCCCUUGAGGACGAAGAAGAAGAUGAUGAAGGGCUGCUUGGUCGUAGAGUUGUCUCGAAGCGACCCAUACACGCCUCAGCUCGGGGAGGAGGCUAUCAGGAUCUGGCUCGACCAACAACUCCCUCAUGGGCUGAUUUCCUGUCCUCUGGAUUUGCCGACGAGCACGGCAACAAAGCCCCGGCACCUAUUCUGCUUCCACCUGACAAGAUUCUUCCUCCUAUCAAUAUGACUGCGCCUAGAGGGCAGAGUUCGCAGUCGCACCGGAGGAAUCUCGACGCCCAGCUAAACCUCGACCCGGGCGAGUUGGCUAGCAUCACCAAGGUCAAUGUUGAUGAUUCUUUCUGGUGGGUCUGGAUCAGUAGUCUCGCUUCAGAAGAGCCAACCUCGAGAAAAGCUGUCUUUGGUCGAUGCGCCCUAAUUGAAACCCCUUUCCCAGAGGACAGAUGGAUGGUGAUAGAGGAGCAGGUCAAAGGUGCCGCUCCGGAGCCUGCAGCCGGAGCAUACAUCGCAGAGAAGAAGAAAACGUUCCUGGGAUUCUCAACCAAACGUGGCCGGAUGACCCGAAGAGGGUCAGGUUCUAAGAAGAGCCCUCUCUCCCCCGAAGCGCAGUUCUCCACUAACAAUAGAGCGACGCUGGCGCCAGAUCAACAGGCUAAGAUCCAAAAAGCCGCGGCCGAGCUUUCUAGGAGAAAAGAGGCCGAGCAAAAGGAGGAGCAAGCCGCUUUGGCGACUCGUCGUGGACGUAUGCAAGAACCCAUUGUGGCGUCCAAGACCAACAGCAUAUUUACACUGGGUCCGUUGAUCAAGGACGAAGCUUCCCCAGCACUACAGUGGGCAAGCCAAUACGACAAGAAGGCGAUCCGGGCUAAGUACCUGGGCGACUCACUUGCCGGCAAAGGCUCUCGUGAGCUGUUGAACUUGCCUCAAAACGGCCUCGGAAUUAGUAGAUCAACUUCGACACUGUCUGUGGUCAGCAAGAACAAGGACCUCCCACCAUCACCAGCCGAAAAAGUGACACGUCCCGCUGUCGUUGAAAGAUCCCAGUCUACGGAGUCUCCUAUGGCGCCACCGGUCGUCAUCGAGCCUGCUCCAAUCCCUGUCGAACCGACCGAUCUAGUCCUGCCUCCAGCGACGACAGAAGCAGCAGAAGUGCCUCUGCCUCCAGCGACACCGGAAAUUGUGGAAACCCCGCCUACCAGGCCUCAGCCCACUAAAUUAAGGAAGUCACUCGACCAGCAACGUCGUUCACCCGACCUGAAAAAGCCAAGAGGAAAGACUCCGACGGGGCCCCCUCCUGUCCAGAAGACUAGUGGCAUCCGACGUCUGUUUGGGACCAAGCGGUCCAAAUCACGGGAAUCAAGAAUCCCAGAACCACCUGAGUCGCCGGUCAAUGUGGACGAAGAUCCCGCUGUUGCUGCAGCUAGACGUGCCCUAGAGGGCAAACCCGCUCUUCCCGCUGAAGGUUCAACUUCACCUCCUCUCAGUCCUGGACACUUCCAUCGUCUUGCAACUGUCAAGGCUUCCCAGCCCGAAUCACCGAGUGUGGAUGAAGUACCGGAGCCACCGCAAAUGACCGCGGCGUCAGUACCAAGAGAAGCGACCCCGGAACUGUCUACGGAACAUGAAGGGUACGACGAAGCUGUCGCACCACCCAGGACACGUCGCGAUGAAGAAUAUGAUCAGCUCUCGCGGGUAGACACAAACGAGCGUGAACAUGCUGAUCGUGAGUUCUCGACGUUUGAUCAAGGGCCUUUGGUUGAUCAGCCAGCUUUCGCGCCUGUGGACACGCCGCCGAGAGAAGAGUUCCUGACACCCAUCGAGGAGCCUUCCCAUGGGCCUGUCAGCCUUCAUUCCGGCCGGUCGUUCCAGCAGACGGAGAGCUCAGUGGAGGAGGAGGAGGGACCACCUCUUACGCAACAGGCCAGCCCUGGUGACCGAUGGGCUCAGAUUCGACGAAAUGCGGCUGAGCGAGCAGCGAGACAGUCAGAGGAGCAGACUUCACGGAGUCGUACUGAAACCCGAACCGACGAUGGAGAAACCAGUGGGGAAGAGACGAUUGAAUCACGAGUUGCACGAAUCAAGGCACGAGUGGCUGAAUUGACUGGAAACAUGGACGGCAACCGACGAUGA